AUGCUCACUAAUCAAACUCAAAGGAACAACACUGUUGAGCUGCAGCGUGAGGGGCUCCUGGGGAUAGUAUUGUUUUCUGUUGUGACAACACUGCCCUGCUCUGUGUUUCUCUUCAUUAAUCUAACUACUUUAUACACCCUGAGAAGUAAAGACGUGUUUCGAGAGACGGCUCGCUACAUUCUUCUGUUCAACCUUCUGCUUGCAGACACACUGCAGAUGGCAAAGAGUCAGUCGCUGUUUCUUCUGUCUAUCUGUAGAGUAUCACUGUUGUAUCCAGUCUGUGCCACUGUGGGAGCUUUGUAUUCUCUUUCUCAUAGAAUCUCUUCAUUAACUCUGGUGAUUAUGUGUGUAGAGAGAUACAUAGCUGUGUGCUAUCCUCUCAGACACAAUGUCAUCGUCACCACCAGAAACACCACGUUGGUUAUUUGGGUCGUUUGGACUAUCACUUCACUAAAUGUAAUGAUUCAAACAAUUAUAAUGUUCAAGUUUUUAUCAGAAGAACAGCAGCACAUGCAGAUGACAGACUUUUGUGGCAAAGAGAGUAUGUUUACUGAUCCAGCAUCUGACCUUUACGACAAAGUCUCGACCUACUUCCUGUUUGUGCUCGGGGGUGUAACGGUCAUUUUCUGCUACACUGGCAUCAUUGUAGCAGCUCGUUCUGCUGCCACAGACAAAGAAUCAGCCAGCAAAGCCAAAAGGACUCUGCUGCUGCAUCUGCUGCAAAUGGGCCUCACAGUGUCGUCAACAAUACACAAUUCAUUGAUUACAGCCGUCUCCAAAAGUCUAGACAGAGUUCUUGCUGUGCGUCUCCAGAUUUUUCUUUAUGUUUCUGUAAGUAUUCUUCCUAAAUGUCUAAACUGCCUCAUUUACGGUCUGAGAGACAAAACAAUCAGGCCGAUCCUCAUACUCAAUCUCAGCUGUCAGUGGAGAGGCUCAGUUUCAUUCCCUGUAAUUACGAAUAAGAAAAAACAAAGAGUGCAUGUCACUUGAUGGCUGUUAUUUCUGGUUUUAUUCUGAAAUUCAUUUAACUUGGGUAAAACAAAUUUUGUAAAUGUGAGACAUAAUUUUUUUUUUCACCUGUGAUGUGUUUGUGCCUUACUUUGUACUGAACAUAAUGACUGACAGCUGAAAGACUAAAAAGCUUUUUUGUUUUUUUUUUAAUCCGGUGAUCAGAUUAAGGGAUAUGUUGCUGAUUACGUGCUGGUAAUAAUUGGACAUGGAGUCCAAUUAUUAUGUAAUUGGACUCCAUGUUUUGGCUGAUCAUCUAAAUCAGAGGAGCCAAACUAAUUUUCAUUUUGGACCACAUCAAGAUGAGGAAGGUCUUAAAGGUCAGGUUGUGGCAGAAUAUAGUUAAUACACUGAUAAACUAUAACUUUCUCUGCAUUAACGGGGUACUUCUAAAAUUAAAUACAACUGAACAUCUUUCCACAUUGGUGUAAUCUGACUCUAUACAUAAUGGAUUUGAUUUGAUGACAAUUUACAUUCUGUGGCUUCAUUAUUGCACAGUAAAAUGUAAUUUGAAUACUCCUUUAUAAGAAAUAAAUACAAGACAGUUCUUGUUAAUUAAAACACCAUGAGCUCUUAAGUUUGUCUGUUGGUUUCGGUCUUCAUAAGCUAAAAUGUUUUAUAUUAAAAAAAAUAUGAAGCUGAACAACUCAAAUACUGAAGAUCACAAAUGUGUAUCCCUACAACAUUGUCACAUUUUUACUAGUAUGAUCAAAUAAAAGGAGUCUGACAGCUAACAUUUGUUUCACCAGGAAAAUCCCAUUGACAUAAAUAAUUUCAUUUAGAAGAGAAUUCAAGACUCACAGAAGCACAGAACAAAACAUCCACAACAAAAACAAACAAAAAAAGUUCUGGACCAUCAUAAAGAAAAUAGUAAAACACUCCUCAAUUAAAACAUUUACAUUCAAAAGAGAAAUAACAUUUAGUGACAACAGCCCUUUUUAGUUAACCUUUUGUUGUACCGGUUUCUGUCUUCAUGGAAGUUGUAGCUGAGUCCAGCAACAAAAAACUUAUUUAAAGUUGAAAUUUAGAUAAUCUGUAUAAAAAAAGACAAAUUAUUA